AUGGUCGCUUACUGCCGCAAGACGGCAGGUAGCCGUCGCGUCUGGAGGCGCAUGUGCGCCGCUACAGCCGUCGCUGGAACCGCGAUUGCUCUUCUCAGCUGUUCGGCUAGGUCCGUCUCGGCUUCUUCUGAUGCUCACUGCUACGAGAACAAUACAGACUAUCGUGGCUUGGAUGUCGAGAAGGUCGAGACUGGAACUGUGCAUUCGUUUUUCGCCUGCCAAGAACUUUGUGCGGAGCAUCCGCAGUGUUUUUUCUGGACCUGGGAUGCGGUCAACAAGAACUGCUACUUGAAGGCAGAAGCUGCUGCAGCCUCUCGUGUCACCGGCUCUAGCGCGAUUGGUCUCGUGUCAGGUCCAAAGAGCUGUCUCUCAUCAGCUCCGUCGAUGCACGGCUGCUAUCAGCUUGAUACAGAUUACUUCGGGUACGAUAUCGCGACGGUUGAGGAUGGCAGCAUCGCCAGCCCUGGCGCAUGUCAGACAGCAUGUCAGGAGACAGCGGGGUGCCAAUAUUGGUCAUUCGUCAGCCAGACAUCGGCGUGCUACAUGAAGGACAGCAGAGCACUUCUAGGAUAUAAGAAAGGCUCAGACACCGUCGGCAUGAUCUCGGGUCCGCGGGAUUGCCUGCCCCAAGUCUCAGCUUGGUGCUUUGAGGGCAACGUCGACUACGUGGGCUAUGACGUGGAGAAAGUCGAGAACGGCCAAGUCACGUCUGCGGCAGCAUGUCAGCAACUGUGCCGUGCCAUUCCUCAGUGCUUCUACUUCACCUGGGUCUCAAAUGAAAACAACUGCUUUUUGAAGAACUCAAGCGCUACUCAAGGGCGCAGUAGCACUUAUUCGACUAUUGGGAUGGUAUCCGGACCCAAAGUUUGCCACAGCAACCCUCCAGGUGCUUGUUACGAGCUGAAUGUAGACUACUUCGGCCACGACGUGCAGAAGUUUGAGACCGGACAGGUGACCACCGCAACUAUGUGCCAUGAGUUGUGCCGUGUCCCCUGUUUCGAGAAGGACGUGGACUACAGUGGUGGGCUGGUGAUUGAAAUGGGACCAGGAGCUGCGACAUCCGCAGCGAUGUGUCAGUCGUUCUGCCAGGCAUCGCGUGUCUGCUAUUUCUGGACUUGGAAUCGCGACACACAGAACUGCUUUUUAAAAGACAGCACUGCCACCUCGUUCUGGGUAACGGGCGAGUCCACUAUUGGCCUCGUAUCCGGACCCAAAGACUGCGAACCUCUACCGCCAGCCUGCAUGGAGCUCAACGUCGACUACUAUGGACACGAUAUCAAGAAAAUUGAGGAUCAACGGGUUGACAGCGCGGCGGCCUGCCAAUCCCUCUGCCAGGCGACUAGCGGCUGUAUUUACUGGACAUGGGUCUCUCAAACCGAACACUGUUAUCUGAAAGACCUUCAUGCUCUGCUGGGGAGAGUCCAAAGCCAGCAAACCGUCGGCAUGGUGUCGGGGCCGAAGUAUUGCACUCCAACCCCACCAGGCUGCCACGAGUGGGACGUGGACUAUCAAGGCUUCGAUAUUAAGAAGAUCGAGGGUCAAUGCUCGUCAGCAAAACACUGUCAGCAUAUGUGCCAAGGAACUGCUGGCUGCAGCUUUUGGUCCUACGUGAGCUCGUCAAAGAGCUGCUACCUGAAGAGCAAUCUUGCCCUGAAUGGGCGCCAUGCCGACGAAUCGACUUUGGGAAUGGUCUCAGGUCCAGCAUUCUGCCCCCUCCAUCCGGUUUGCAAGGAAGACAAUGUCGACUACAGUGGAUACGACGUUCAGAAGAUUGAAAGUGGAGACGUCGCUUCUGCGAAGGAGUGCCAGGCUCUGUGUGAAAAGCUCCCGGAGUGCUCCUUCUGGACCUGGGUCAGCUACAAACAAAACUGCUACCUCAAGAACUACUUCGCCCUAAUUGGUCGUGAUGCCGGACCGGCCGCUUCUGGAAUGAUAUCCGGCCCGAAACGAUGUGCUGCGGUCCCUCAAGCUUGUCACGAGUACAACGUAGACUAUCGAGGACACGAUGUGAAAAAGUUGGAAUCUGGACAGGUAUUCUCAGCGGACUCGUGCCGCGCGCUGUGCCAGGCUGACCAGAGCUGCCAUUACUGGACAUGGGUGCGGUCAACCAACAGCUGUUACCUGAAAGAUCAAUACGCUCCCCUCGGACGUGUUCAAGACUCCAGCACCUUCGGGAUGGUUUCAGGCUCGAGACGCUGCGGCGAACAGUUUUCCGGCUCCUGCUACGAGGUCGGCGUGGAUUACUAUGGAUACGACAUCGAAAAGCUGGAAACAGGGGAGGUGACAACCCCCUCAGCUUGUCAAGCUUUGUGCAAAAACCGCGCAGGCUGCUACUACUGGACAUGGGUGCAGACGACGCAGAGCUGCUACCUCAAAAAUCCAUAUGCGCUUCAAGGUUGGAUGCGAGAUAGCACAACGAUGGACAAAAUAUCUGGAGCGAAAGACUGUGUCCCUGUCCCUGCAACUUGUCACGAGCUGGACGUGGAUUACCGAGGGUUCGACAUUCAAAAAAUCGAGACGAAUUCCGUCGCAUCCUAUGCCGACUGCCAGCAGCUCUGCGAAGCGAAUGUGCAGUGCUUUUAUUGGACAUGGGUCAGCCAGAAGAAGAACUGCUACUUAAAGAACCAAGGGGCAUUACUUGGUCGAACGCAAGAUGCAGCGACCGCAGGUCUCGUCUCAGGACCGAAAACAUGCACACCUCGUGGGCAAUGCUACGAGGUCGACGUGGAUUACCACGGCUUCGACACCGAAAAAAUCGAGACGGGGCAGGUGACAUCAGCUGCGCUUUGCCACUACCACUGCGUCACGGCUGCCCAUUGCGCUUACUGGACCUGGGUCGGCCAGACAAGCAACUGCUACCUGAAGAGUAGCAAUGCCCUUCUAGGGCGUGUUCAAGACUUCAGCUCUGUGGGAAUGGUUUCUGGCCCCCGGAUCUGCGCGCCUUCUGCUGGCUCCCUUGAGAUUAACGUGGAUUUCGUUGGCAACGACAUCAAGUUAGUUGACGAUGGCUCUGUUAAAUCGUACCCCGAUUGCCAGUAUCUCUGCCAACAGUACUCAGACUGUCACUACUGGACGUACUACCAGGACAAAAUGUCGUGUUUCUUGAAAAAUGCGAUGGCUCCCACUUCGCGACUCCCCAGACAGUCUACAGUAUCUGGACCCAAGUUCUUUGACGGCCCAGGCGUGCCUCCGCCUUCGCUGCCUGAGGAGCCACUGCAGCCAUGCUUCCAGACCAACGUUGAAUUUAUUGGUGUCGAACUCCAGUCCCUUGUCACCAACUUCGCAGCUCAGUGUCAAUCGGCAUGCCAGGCAAAUGCUCUGUGUUCUUUCUUUACUUUUUACCGCCUCGAACGCCGCUGCGUUCUCAAGAGCUCCGAGACCGGAAGGCCGCAGAGAGAACUACCUGUCGGUUUUGCGAUAUCGGGCAUGAAAUUCUGCAGCUCCAAUGACAACCAUGACUCUGGUCCGCAGUGCGCGGUCUAUAAUACAGAGUAUGUCGGUCAAGAAUGCGGUUCCCAUGCUACAGCGAGUUCGGCACUCCACUGCCAGGCGCUUUGCCAACAAAGCUCUGUGUGCAAUUUCUUCACCUAUCAUUCACAGGAUGGACGGUGUGUGCUUCAGCAGUUCGCCUCUUCUUCCGCAGAAAUUCAGGCUGUGCCACGCGGUUUUGCAGUUUCGGCUACGAAAUACUGUGAGGCUCCUGAGACUGAUGCCCCUUCCUGCGCUGAACGGGAUGCGGAAUACCUUGGUAACACUCUCAGAACUGUCACAACCACAUCGGCAACGGACUGCCAGGGGCUCUGCAAGGAAAAUGUGCACUGCGAUUUCUUCACAUUCGACGGCCUGACAAGUGCAUGCAUUCUCAAGAAGGCGUAUGCAGGAGGGGAAGACAAAUUAUACAACUGCCGAAACCUUUCGCGACAAAACAAUACGCUGUACUUGGGUAUCGACACUGCCCCAGUAAUCACUGCGGAGACUUCUUCAGAGUGCCAAAAACUUUGCCAGCAGUUCACCGACUGUGAGUACUUCACCUUUAGCACAUCGGAAAAGCGAUGCCGUCUCAGAAAAUUGGAGAACGCAGGCUCGACGGUGCAGAAACUUCCUUUCCCUGGAAUUGUGUCUGGGCCGAAGUACUGCAGUACCCCUAUGGAACCAUCCGGUGGCCACUACGCGGAAGUGGACGUGGAACUGAAGAACCACAACUUGCCUGCCUCACCUGUUGCGGCAGAAAAUGCUACUGCAUGCCUUGAAGCAUGCAACGGUGAACCAGAGUGCCACUACUGGACAUAUUACUCUACAGUUGACGAAUCUAUGGCCUGUCACCUCAAGGGCGCUGGUGCUCUGGAGGGGAAAGCGAGUUUGGCUGGAGCAGUUUCCGGUUCGAAGGAUGUCGUCAUUACUGUGGAGGUGGGGAUUGAAUAUGUUGACGCAAAUUUGCCGAAAGACCCACUCCGAGCACAGUCGCUACGAGAGUGCCAAGAAGCUUGUGCGAACGUGCUCCAAUGCAAAUAUUGGACGUUCUACCCUAGGCGAUCCGUAAACUGUUACCUGAAGGACUUCACAGCAACAAAUACAAAGAAAACCAAUGUUAACGCGGUUUCUGGAGGCAAGUACUCUAUUAGAGGGAUGGUACCGCGUAAGUACCUUGACGAUCGAAGGUACGGAGCAGAUCUUCUGUCCGGCCAAACUGUCGCAUCAGCCGCGCUCACAGCCGCAAGCGCCAACGAAUGCCAGAAACAAGCUCAGGCCAAUCCAAAGAAACCGUUUUGGUCAUGGAACAAGUUCGAUCAGACCUGCAACCUACAUGGUGAUGAAGUGCUGGGAAGCGAGACGUAUGAUUACGAGUGGGUCUCUGGGUACGCUGAAAGCCAAGACUCAUCCUAUCCAAGCGAAGCAUACACUUACGGCAAAGGCAUAGACUUGCUUCUGCUUGGCACAUUCCAAAUGACGACGGCUAGUUCACCGGAAGCUUGCGCCGAGAUGUGCGCCGGCGUGGAACUCUGUCGCGUUGCGUCAUUCACGAGAGCAGCCAGUGACGGGACGCCAAACUGUUUCCUCGGACGCCUGGGUGCACAAAGAGCUGUUGUUUCCAAGGACCAGGUCGUAGUCGCACAGCAUAACCUCGUUCUGCAAGUGGGGAGGAAACCGACGACUGUAUCCAUUUCCGACCAGUCUGGCAGCACCUUGACCAAAUGCAUGAAGCUUUGUGGCCAAACUGAGACGUGCAAGCGGUGGUCAAUUGAUUUGUCCACCGGUAUCUGCUCGCUCUACGCCCACACAGAGGCUUGGACUGAUAAUGCGUCGUGUGUGACGGCGGAUAUUGGCAUUUUGUUGGAAGAAAUAGAGGAAGCUGUUUUGGUCGACACUGCGCUCCUUCCUGUGGCGGUCAACAAGGUCGUCAAGCCCGUAACCGACUGCGCUGUACAAUGCCAGAAGAGCCACUGCCUUGCGUACUCAUACGCUGUGGCUGGAGCGGGGGCCCGUGACGACGCUUGCUAUUUUGGGUAUAUUGGCGACGGGGCAGAUCUGCCGCGAUUCACAAAAAGACAAAAGGGCAGCGUCCUGGUUCGCAUGCAGAACCGUUUGAUGAUGACGGAGGUUGCCUUCGUCGGAGAACGCUCCACCUCAACAACGGAGCAGCUGGACACAGCUGUUGCUUGCGCGACAGCUUGCUCAACAGCAAUGGAUUGCAAAGCAUGGACGUUCCGAGGAGAUGAGAGCCGUUGCGAGUUAUUCGCGAGCGUCUCGACUGGUGUCGCUGAUUCCCCGCUCGUUGUGUCUGGCACCAAGCAGGCUGAUGGCUCAGCCUUCGAGGCCUCACACGUCAAAUUACAAACGGCGAUUGCUACAAGGUUGACAGACACGAUACUUGCAAGGCAAACCGUUCAGAGCGAGACAGAGUGCGAGACACUCUGCACGAACACAGCAAACUGCGUUCAGUGGUCUACCACAACUCAAGACGAUGACACCCUGGAUUGUGUCGCUGGUGCGUGGAAUGCCCUGCUCGAGCCCAACAACAACGCCCGCACGUCGGUAAUAAGUUCAAGGUUCUUCAGGCCUUUCAUGGAGCUCAAAGGCAAACCGAUAAAAACUGAUAAUCCCGCAUCACCGCCUGCAGACCCAGUGCAGCACUGCGUGGAACAGUGUGAAUCACACGUUGCUGAUUGUCACGCAUGGACAAUGAAGAUCACCGCGACCGGGGCCCAGUGUGAAUACUUCACGGAGACUGUAAGAGUUGCCAGCACUACAAAUCCUCUGGCGGUUUCCGGAAGCAAGGGAAUUUCUGAUGUUCAAGCACGAGCUGUGGUGUAUGGCGCACACCAAGUGCCGGCAACGCAAGAUCUGUCUGCGCCAACGGUCCUGGACUGCCAGAAAAAGUGUGAGGACGACGAUUCGUGCCUGGCAUGGUCGUAUAAAUAUACAGAGACAAUAGACGUGUGCAGGACGAUACAGGAUCCCGCAUACGACCGCACCGCCGAAGCCGGAGCGAUUGUAGUGGAACUCCAUUACAGGUUUUUGCAGCCGUUCCAGGUUCUUGCCGGAGAACAAGAGGAUAUUAUAGAUACCGUCGAAGGCUCCGCGACGAAGAACGACCUGUGUGGAUGCAUGGCUGCAUGCUUCGACAGGAUCGAAUGUGCUGCCUGGGCGCUAGAGCUGACUGAGGCAGGCUCGAUCUGCACCCUUUACUCUGCGUUCAAGAAGGUGGAGGCGCCAGGACUUGUUAUAUCUGGCACUCGCCGUAAUGCCACGUCGUGCGAGAGUGGUAUAGCAGACCGCCUUCUCUUGGAAAAUCCGAUCAUGAUUGAAUCCGAGGGAACCUUAGAUGAAGUUUUGAAGACUGCCACCUCUCAACAUUCGUACACUGUUGGCGUUUCCCUGGUCACGCCAGCGCAGGAACCUCCGCAGUACAAGCAAGCCAAGGUUGUUUCCAGCAAUGAAGUGUCUGACAGCGCGGUGGCCGUUGUGGUCAACUAUGUCGCGCCGUAGCAGCUGUUCUGCCGCGGCGUCAAUCAUGCGUCGUGCAGAGUAACCAUGUCUUCCUCGUCUUCUUCGAGGUUCGAACUUCAUCUUUCUUGGUUUUGUAGCCGUAUUACAUAUAAAUCGUUUUUUCUUCUGAUGAUAACUGGGAGUAGCUUAUAUGCACAUCUACUUUGUCCUCUCUCACAAACAGAUGAGCGUGUGAUGGUUGUAUCAGCGGCAGGCACUUCGACACUUACGUUACAACGUCAAGUGUAACAUGUUUAGACAUGCGGUCGGAGGCUCGUCACCCAUGUACAUCUGAUUUUUAUUGUCUUGAAACAUCGACUUCCCACCAGUGAAAAUCGUCGCUCUGUCGCAGCAACACUAUUGAAUCAUUUUACAGGGCACUACGCCAUUUUGGAGCGACAUGAGGACCCAGGGACUUCUGAGAAACAUGAUUAUCACUUCAGUAGGUCGCGGUCCACCUCAGACUAGUGAUAGAGACCCGAAAGAUAAGAAGGCACCCUUAAACGGUUCGGUGUCUCUCACGCGAGAUCAAACAUAGGAAUCCGGACAGCGGAAAAGUGUAGUGUAGGUACGUGUUGAAGACAGCUGGACCGCGUAUCAGAUAUACA